CAACCUCCAUCUAACCACCACCAACCAAUCAAUCCUGAAUACUUUCAACAAAAGAAAGAAAAAAAUGACAACAAUCCCAACAGGCCACACAGGCCCCUUCUCCGAAUCCAACUCCUACGGCGAACCCCCAUCACCUCCCUCCAACUCCCAAGACCACAACCACAACCACGCCCCCCAAGACGCAAUCCAAUCCCAUACGCUCCUCCUCCCCACCGGCCAAACAGUCAUAAACAGCCGACGAGACCCCGAAACCACCUCAUCCACAACCCCAUCCACAGCUGUGUCUACAUCUACAAUCCCAUCUAAAUCCACAUCUACAGAUUCCACUAAUACUAACGGAGAAGCUAGACCAAGAACCAGUGGUAGUGUGUCGAGUCACCAGGAAUGGAGCGAGCAGGAUCGCGAGAAGGAGGUUUAUAGGCAGUUGUUGACGGUGGAGAGGGAGAGGGAUCGGGCUAGAGGACGGGGGAGUGGGAGGAUGGGGGCUAUGGAGUUUACGGAGGUUUUGCAGGGGAGGUAGACUGUUUGCGGAGUGGAGCAGAUAUACGGGGAUUCGGGGUUGUGUUGUAUGGGUAUGACCUUGAUAUAAAUAUGAUGAGAUGUGAAAAAACUUCAAUUUAUUGUCAUUCUAUUCUGUCCGUGGACGGAGUACUGGUAGUACAUGUAGGCAGUUGGGCAGGUUUAGGGCCAGGAUGAGCUCCCUGGUAACUUUAGGCAGGGUAGGGCCUGCUGAAUUGACAUGCUGCCAGCGUUGGGCUGAGUG